CUUGAAGCCUCAAGUCAGUAUCUUCGUUACGACUCAAGCUGCAUGAUUACUCAAGAUUGAUGGGGCUUCCUUACGAUCGUCAUCUCGCACAGGUUGACAUUACUGCAUGCGUAUCCGGGGAACGCGAACGCACAUCCGGAGGGAAUAGUUCAGGUGUUCGGCCAACGUUUGUAGCAAUGAUCCUUACGAUCUCCACUGUUGAACGUUGAAAGGCAAGGAAUUGCUUUCGGUCCGCCGGGCUAGGCCCGCUAACCCAACGGGUAUGCCAUCAUUACGAAAGCCAAAGCAGUUUUGACGAAGGACAGGAGACGGGAGGCAUGGAUCAGGUUUUAACAAUACACUGUUGCCCCGACUCAUCGCCCCGACUUCAUCUCUUCGUUCUUUCCUUUUCUCCAGUUCCCACGACAGGACCCACUCUUUUAGUACUCCGUUCAUUACUUUGCAUCUCUCCGGCAUCGAGUGAUUGCUUCGGAUCAGGGUCUUGCCUCCGCAGGUCAGGAUGGUGGAAACGAUCGAUAUAGCGAUGGCCAGGAGCGGCCGCGACUCCAUGAUAGCGAUGUCAUGUCUGUGGCUGCUCUUCGCUGCAACUGUUGCCCUUCGAUUCUAUGGACGCAUGCGUGGACCUGGACUCGCACUGGAUGACAUUUUCGCCGGUGUUGCGCUGCUCCUAUCGACAAGUACUAUCGGUCUGAAUGCUUUCGUCUUCACAAUUGGAGUUGGUUACGACCUUGACCCAACCUCUGACAAAUUUCCCAAGCUGAUGAACAACCUCCCGGUUGUCAUGCAGAUAACCUUUGCCUUCACUUUGAUCUACAUCUGGUGUCUCGCGGCUCUCAAGCUAUCCCAAUUGGCCCUCUACCACCGUGUCUUCCAACUGCAAUUACGCCUUGCAGUCUACAUCACUGCCGGCAUAGUCAUUGCAUGGGCUGUCAUCUUCAACUUCGUCUUUAUAUUCCUCUGCGACCCCAUCUCCCAACAAUGGACCCUUCAACGAGUUGGACACUGCAUGGAUCAGAUCUUGCUGCUCAAGUGUCUGAUUCUGACAAACAUGGCGACCGAUCUCAUGAUCGUAGUCAUCCCAAUCCGUUGUGUAUGGCAGUUGCAAAUGCGAAAGACGGAAAAGUUUGCCGUGUUGGCUUGUUUCGGUUUGGGUUUGGCCUGCGUGGUUAUCAGUAUUGCGCGCUUCGUUCUCAUUUUCACCGUCGAUCUCAUCAACAACCUCACUGGUACAUCUGGCACAACAUUCAUGCUUUGCACCGUCGAGCUCAUGCUGGCUGGUCUCUGUAUCAAUAUCCCCAUGUUGCGUCCCUUUUACCUCCAGUGGCGUAAGACGUACAAGAGUCAAUCAGGAAGCCACAAUCUCAGUGCGAUCAAGAGGUCGAACACUGGAGGACUGGGGUCGCACCAGCAACCAAGGCCUGGGCACUACACCCAGUGGAUGGAGUUGCACGACAAGGAUCAAACAAACAUCACCGUUACGGGCGACGACGCGAGUUCGGAACGAAAACUCACUGCGCCGGAGCCGCUCCCAUUCGAUGCUAUACAAAUAUCCAAGGAUUUCAAGAUUACCCGAACCUGAGUCGAGAGUCGCCUCAGCAUCGCCAUACAUCGCAUCAAGAAGACGGUUGGGUUCCAGACGCAAUCAUAUGAAAGAUGCAGCG